AUGGAUACCUUUGCAGGAGAGAAACUUUGUGUGUGUGGGAUACGUAAGCAAUCAUUAAGACUUAAGGGUAAUUUAAAGAAGCAUCAGCGUAUUGAUACAGACGAGAAACCUUAUGUUUGUGGAAUAUGUGAAAAGUCAUGUACUCAAAAGGGUAGUUUAUACCAUCAUAUGCUUAUUCAUACUGGAGAGAGAUUUCAUGAGUGCAAAAUAUGCAAGAAGUCAUUUACUCAAAAGGGUAAUUUAAAUAACCAUAUGCUUACUCACACAGAAGAGAAACCUCAUAUAUGUGAAGUAUGUAAAAUGUCAUUUAGUCUAAAGUGUAAUUUAACUAAGCAUGUGCUUCUUCACACAGGAAAGAAACCUCAUGUCUGUGAAGUAUGUAAGAAGUCAUUCAGACAAAAGGGUCAUUUAAAUGGGCAUCUGCUUAUUCACACAGGAGAGAGACCUCAUGUGUGUGAUGUAUGUAAUAAAUCGUUUGCAUUAAACAGUGCUUUAAACAAGCAUAUGGUUAUUCACACAGGCGAGAAACCUCAUGUGUGUGAGGUAUGUAAUAAAUCAUUUAGGCGGAAGCAUCAUUUAGAACGCCAUAUGAUUAUCCACACAGCAGACAAAACUCGUGUGUGA